GAGGCACUGCCAGCCCCCCGGGGACAUGGUGCCCUCUCUCGGGGACAGGGCCCCCACUCUCCUGCAGUUUUCCCAUCACACCAAGGACCCCUGGCCGGUUUCCCUGUGCCCCCUCGCAGGAACCCCCACAGAGGACACCUGGCCCGGGAUAACAUCCAACGAGGAGUUCAAGGCUUACAACUUCAGCCAGUACCGAGCCCAGCCGUUGAUAAAUCACGCCCCGAGGCUGGACUCAGAAGGCAUCGACCUGCUGGCAAAUCUCCUCCUGUUCAGCGCCAAGGGCCGGAUCUCAGCCGAGGCAGCCCUGCAGCACCCCUACUUCAGCAGCCUGGGAGAGCGCGUUCACCUCCUGCCCGACAACGCUUCCAUCUUCUCCCUGAAGGAGAUCCAGCUCCAGAGGGACCCCGGGCACCGAGGCUCAGCCUUCCAGCACUCAGCCCGAGGCAAGAACAGGAGGCAGAGUAUAUUUUAAACUCGGAUCUCGCGUUCCCCUCGUCGCCAUGGAGAUGGAAGCGCUGAGCAAGGAGAGGCUCCCAGCCGACCCUCCGCAGAAUUCCCGGCUCCAGCAGGACGAGGAUUUGGCUGUCCCCAAACCCCUGGGAGCUGUCCUCCAUGGACCUGUGGCCUUGUCCCCCCCUGGUUUUGGUGUUGUCCCCAAGGCGAGGUGCUCCAGGGAGGAGCCGCCGGCCCCUGCGCUGCCCCAGGAGGGUUUGGGGGGCACAGGGCGGGGAUUUGUGGGGUCUGGUCCGGGCAGGAGGUGCUGAAAAUGCACCUUUGCUCAGCCAAGCUGCCCUGAAGCCCCUGGUUUUUGGGGUUAGAACUGCCGGGCACGGCCCAGCCUGGCACUGGGAGCGCCUGGGGCACACCUGGGGCACACCUGGGGCACACCUGGGGCACACCUGGGGCACACCUGGGCACACCUGGGGCACAGGAACCAGGCCAACCCCCCCAAAUUUCCCUCGCCUCUGCCUGCAGAACCCCCUUUCC